UGGUGCUUCCCGAGAGGGGUUUGGAGGGGACCCAGGGAGCCCGCCCCCGGCUCUUCUGCCCCGUUGCUGACUUUAGGCGGGGAGGGCGCGGCCGUCGGCUGGCCUGGAGGUGGCCGAGCCGCGCAGCCUUUUGCGUUUGCGAUCUAGAGAGGCACGGCCAGACAGCUGCGAAUCCCUUUCUUACCUAAAGCUGCCGUCCUAACUGCUUACCUUGGAGAACCCCCACUGAAUUCCAUAGGAUUUACUUCUGACCUGCUCUUCUAGUUUGCCUGCCCGGAUUUUGAGAGCCCCUUCGGAACCCCAAGUCUAGAAGGCAACCAUUCUGCUAGGGACUGAUGCCCUGGCACUCCCUGUGCAGCUGUUUUGCAGGUCUCUGUCCUGAAACACACAAUGAGCACCAUCGUUGGGAGCAGCUGCCAUCUGGUGGAAGAGCAGAGAGCCCGGUGGGAGAGAAAGCGCUGCCGGACGGCUAAGGAGCUGGUGCAAACAGAGCAGGAAUACCUGGACCAACUGGGCUUGGUAGCUGUGUACUUUGUGACCAUCUUGAAGGCCAAGGGGACCUUGAAGCCAGCAGAACAGGAGGCCAUCUUUGGGUGCUUGGAGUCUAUCUGCUCUGUCAGCCGGACUCUGCUUUUUCACCUGGAGAGAGGCUGCUUGGGUGUGGCUCUGGAGUGCUUCUGCCACCAGCUGGUUCUCUACAUCUGCUAUGCUGAAAACCUGGAAAAGGCCCAGAACACCUUGGAGAAACUGGUGAGGAAAAACAAAUCCUUUUCCCGCUUCAAGAAGCUUCAGGAGUCCCGGCCGGAGUUCAAGGGCUCCCAUCUGGAAGAUCUGCUCCCUCUGCCCCUCCGGAGGCUCUCUCAGUACAGGCAAUUGCUAGAGGAUUUGGUAGAAAACACCCACCCAGAAAACUCUGACUUUCAGCAGCUAACAGGAGUUCUGCAGUCUGUCUCUAAGGCGUUUCACCAAGUCCAGGAAAUAUCUCGCUGCCGCGAUAACGCCAACCAGAUGUGCCGGGUUCAGAAGCUGCUUAAGGGACAGAAGACCCGAAUCCUGGCUCCAGGGCGCUGGUACCUCCAGGAAGGCUGGCUGACGGUGGUGCCCCCCAAGGGGGACGAGCUACAGCACAGGAUGUUCUUCCUCUUCUCUGACAUUUUGUUGGUGGCCAAGCCGUGCCACCCGCUGCAUCCCUGGAAUUCACGCAAAUUUGCCUGCCAGGCGGUCUUCCCACUCAGGCAGUGCACUGUGGGAAAAGUAUUUGGUCAUACCCACAGCCAAGGAGGGCUGCUCAGUCUCUCCUUCCCACAGAAGAAGUUACUGCUGAUGUGCUGUGAUCAGGAGGCCUUUAGAAAAUGGCAUCAGAAUCUGGUGGCUGCUGUCAGAGAGCUGCACAUCAGUGUCACUUCAGCCUGCUGAACUGAUGAUCUGCACAGCCUCUCCUCCCACAGGACCCAAUGAACCAGCCGCAGGACAUAGCAGUGAGUGGUCAGAAGGCUGGCAUGCGUACUGAUUGUUGUUCAGGCUGUGUGGAGGCCACUGACAUUUGAUGCCAAUGUUCUUGCAGCACAAAGGUCAGUGUUACCUUCUUUGGCAGCCUGACUCCAAGGCACCACUCAAACGGUGACUGGUCCAUUCUUCCUUUUGCUUCCCACCCACUCUGCCUGGAGACCCACAAAAUGUCAGGAAUUCACUGGAGUUGCUCACCAGCAAGAGCUGUCAGCUGCGAGGUAAUCCUGUCUGUUUAGUCUGCAAAGGGGCAUCCAAGAGGGCUCAGCCACUGGCUUUCUGUGCAAGGUGGAUGCUCUAGGGAAUGACGUGAUCUCCCUGGCUGUGGGCCCAAGGCAACAGCAGACGCAAGAAAGGCUGGCUAGCUUGAGCCAGUGGAAGCUUCAAGAUGGCAGGGUGCGCAGGAGCAAGCUUCCCACUGCUUUCCACAUUCCUGCAUCUUGCGGCCUUUUAAAAUCUGCAUUUUACUCUAUAAACAAGGGCAAUCUUUGGAAUUGUAAUACCAGACUGAUCAAGCCUCUGGAGCAAGAAAAACGUCCUCAUUGGAGCCUUGGUGAGCCCAUUUUGCAUGAUGGAGGUGUGGUGAUGAGCAAAUUAGCUGUGCAUUUCGAGCAGGCUGUGCUUCAUGUUUGAGCUCUACCACCGCUAAGCAACAAAAGCUAUUAAAGAUGUGACAUACUUCUCUGCUCCAAGCACCUUCUAGCAGUUUUACAUUGUGGUCGUCAUCUGGUCCAAAGGCAAGCUGAUAACCAGGGCUGGCGCCGGGCAUGACUGGCCCCUUGGGCACCAGCCUGCCCCAGGCCCACCCGCAUGCGCCACCUGCCUCUCCUGCUGUGAUGAAAGCUGGCCACGCUGCACAAACAUCCUGCCAUUAACCAAGAUGGGGGGGGCCUUCACUAAGGAGCCAAUGCCUCUGCCACAAUCUUGGCUGAUGGUAAGCAUGCAUGCACAGUGCGGCCACCAUUCACAACAGGAGAGGUAGGUGGAGCAUACAGGUAGGCAUCACAGGGCUGCGUGGUUGUAAAUAAAUAAAUAAUAAAUUUUAAUUUCUGUGUCGCCUAUCUGGCCAAUGGCCACUCUAGGCGACGUACAACAGUUAAAACACAGCAUAAUAAAAUACAAUAGUACAAUAUAAAACAGUAUAAAAACAAUACAGCAUACAAUAUAGUAGGAGGCAAUUCAAUCUAGUAAUUAACCCUCCCUGGAAAUCCCAAAGGCCUGUUGAAAGAGCCAGGUCUUUAAGGCUUUACGAAAUGUAUUUAGGGAAGAGGCAUGCCAGAGAUCUUGUGGGAGGGAGUUCCAGAGGGUGGGGGCCGCCACUGAGAAUGCCCUCUCUAGUACCCGCCAAUCUGGGUAGGGGGGUGCCUGGGAGUGAGCUCUUGCUGUGAUCUGUGGCAGGGUCGGGAGCCACCACUACCACAGAUCGUGGAAUGGGAGAGCUACCCUCCCACCCUAAGGAGGGGCCCUUGGCCAGGGCCCGGCCUGGCUGCCCUUUGGCACUGGCCAUGCUGAUAACAUAUUUGAUGUUAGCAAGCACAGUGAUGUCUUAAGCCAAGGAUGAGGACUCUUGUGUCCCUCCUCAAGUCAGGAAAGGGGACAGACCCCCAACCAAGAAAAAAGUUCCUCAACUCUGUCUUAAACAACUUUAUUUCCCAUUCCUCCGGUUCGAGCCCUUCCUUACUCUAUGAAGGGAUUGUUCUCUCUGUAGACCUGUGAUUCAAAAUGAUGGAGCCAAAGAUUUUCAAGGAUCACUUCUUGAGGUUCAGUGGGAGGACAGACUUUUCUGUGCACUGCAGGUGGUGAGAAAACUACGCCCAUUACCUCCACUUUCCCACUGUAUGACCGCCCAUGUAAAAUUUAUCUCAGUGAAUUGGUUUGUCAGGUUUAACUGAUGUAUGUUCUAUCCACUUCUGGCCUACUUAUAAUUUCAAGUAGAACAAUUUUCUAUGAGUGCCAACACAAUAAUGAUUUUGAGGGGGGUUUGUGUGUAUUCAAUGUUCAAGUUUUAUGUAUGCUUUUUAUAUACUUUUUUCUGUUAAAUUUUGGUAUUUUAAAUUUUUUUAACCUUGGCUAGCUAUAUAACAAAAUGUAAAUAAGAAAUUACUUAAAUAAUGUAAGGAACAAUAAAUCAAGUAAUCUAAUAGAUGUCUGUACUUCUUGUAAUAAAAGAAUUGGGCAGGGGUGAGAAGGAA